AUGUUCGCAAAAUCUCCAUUGCAGAGAGCUUUAUUUUUGCAUUCUGUGGGUCCAGUGGUGUCGGAGGAAAGGGCUAUUAUUACUUCGAAAGCGGGAAAGAUCGCUUAUGCUGCAGUCAAGGAGCAUUAUCCGGCGGUUUUCAAGGAGACUUUGGCUUUACAGCUGGAAGCUACCUAUAGGAGAAAUGUGGAACUGUUGGCUUCAGAAAUGAAGCGACGUUUGGAUUAUUUGCUGGAGACGCAAGCUGUGAAACGAAGCUUUGCCCGUGAUCACAUGUUGAAAUGGAUCAUUGAAGCGGUUACUUCUUUUUUUUGGCGAUUUAUAGCUCGUUAG